CACUCUGAAAAAGCUGUUGUUCUUCUGUAUCGAUGUGAUAUACCCUGUUCGAGGUUUCAGUUGCAGGGUAAUACUUGAAGAUUAGUGCAAAGUUGAUUGUGUUGUGGGGAUCACAGGAUUUUCGAUUGAGCCUAUUCGUGCGCUAGGUGGUGGCUUGAGUCGCAUCAUUUAGUUGAUUGUUCGCGAGGUUUGAGAAAAUGGGGUUAGACGUGGAAGCUAUGGUGCACGGGCAAACAGAGUUUACAAUAGACUUGUAUAAGGCUGUUGUUAAAGGUAAGGAAACAGAGAAUGCGGUUCUGUCACCUGUUUGCAUUAGCCUAGCAUUAGCGAUGGUAUCGGCUGGGGCUAAAGGACCGACACGGGAGCAAAUUGCGAAGUGCAUCAAGCUCCCAGAAGGCGAACCCAUGCACAAUUUCUCGUCGCAAGUGAAGAUUGCCUUGCUGGCUGACGGGAGCGGUGCUGGGGGUCCGCAACUCUCACUUGCUAAUCGUAUCUGGGUGGAGCAAUCCGUGAAACUGAAACUAGAGUUCCAAAAAGUCCUCAAGGAUAGCUACGGAUCUGAAGCUGCAUCAGUUGAUUUUCGUACCAAGGCUGACGAAGCUCGGGGUAAAGUAAAUGAAUGGGCUAAAGAAGAGACACAUGGAAAAAUUGAGGAUCUGCUUCCUCCAGGUUCAGUGGAUCAAGGAACGCACAUUGUGUUAGCAAACGCCCUUUAUUUCAAGGGAGCAUGGAAGAAGCCAUUUGAGGAGAAAGACACAAAAGACGGCGAAUUCUUUUUGCUGGAUGGAAAGAGCAUUAAAGUGCCUAUGAUGCACACAACCAAGAAGCAAUACGUGAAAGAUUUCUCCACCUUUAAGGCUCUUCGCUUGCCUUACUCCAGUGGCCAUGACCGACGUUCCUUUUCAAUGUUCAUCCUGCUGCCCCAUGAGAAGAACGGCAUCACUGAGUUUGAGAAGUCACUUGACUUCAAAACUCUGGCAGAAGACCUCAGCAAGGUCAAUCAAGAAGCGCCAAUGAAUCAGUUCGCACUGCCCAAGUUCAAGAUCUCUUUCAGUUUUGAGGUCCCUGAAGCUCUUCAGACACUUGGCUUAUCUUUACCGUUUGGUGAAGAGGCAGAUCUUACAGAGAUGGUGGAUUCUUCCUUGGCUGACAAACUCUUCGUUUCAAAUCUGUAUCAUAAAACUUUUGUAGACGUAAAUGAGAAGGGUACAGAGGCUGCGGCAGCCACGGCUGCCACAAUUACUUUAAAAGGCAUCUCCAUGUUCCAAGACCCUAUAGACUUCAUCUGCGACCACCCCUUUCUUUUCGUCAUCAAAGAAGAAGUGACCAAUGUGAUUAUAUUCACUGGCCGCAUCACUGAUCCCUCUGUAGAAAAGUAGAGUUUUUGUAAAAAGCAGAUGUAUUAUAUUCCAGCAGCUUGAUGUUUCAUUUUCGAGGGCGCAAGUACCAGCUUGGCUUAACAUGGCCUUGAUUUGGUGCCUUCUUACAGAUACAAUGAUAACCGUUGAAGGGUCAAAUUGGUUACCUCAGCAUGUUCUGGUAUUUUUCUACAGAGUUAAGCUUGAGUUUGGCGUGCUGUUACUGCAAUUAAGUGGUGGCACUGCGUUGUCGGACGCAGCUGAUGCUUUCAACUGGAUUGCAGUGUAAUGAAAUCCUAGAAUUGAUACUAAAUAGUGAUCGUGUUUAAGGGUGUGAGACACUGAAAAACGCAGGGUAUAAUCAGCAACCAUGUGAAGAAAGUCUAGCUGCCCCUUGACUGUUUCUAUAAAAAAAAUUGUUUUCAACUUU